AUGGAGCCCAAUUCUGGCAGGCUUCCAGGACUCGAAGCCACCAGACCCCACAUGGAAUCAAGGGCUGCGUGUUCAGCUGCUGCACCCUUGAGAAGACCGUUCCAUGUUCUCUUGGGAGUCACUGGGAGUGUUGCAGCCCUGAAGUUGCCUGUUCUGGUAUCAAAGCUUUUGGACAUUCCUGAUCUGAAAGUAGCCGUGGUCACAACUGAGAGGGCCAAACAUUUUUACAGCUCCCAGGAUGUUCCUGUCACCCUCUACAGCGAUGCUGAUGAAUGGGAGAUGUGGAAGUGCCGAUCUGACCCGGUUCUCCACAUCGACCUGCGGAGGUGGGCGGACCUUAUGCUGGUGGCGCCUCUCGAUGCCAACACUCUGGGGAAGGUGGCCAGUGGCAUCUGUGACAACUUGCUUACCUGUGUCAUCCGGGCCUGGGACCGCAGCAAACCCCUGCUCUUCUGCCCGGCGAUGAACACCGCCAUGUGGGAGCACCCCAUCACUGAGCAGCAGGUGGGCCAGCUCAAGGCCUUCGGCUACAUCGAGAUCCCCUGUGUGGCCAAGAAGCUGGUCUGUGGAGACCAAGGUCUGGGGGCCAUGGCUGAGGUGGGCACCAUUGUGGAUAAAGUGAAAGAAGUCCUCUCCCAGCACGGCGGCUCCCAGCAGAGUUGA